AUGGCUCAACCGGAGAGUGCUUCGGACCUUCUUUCCUUCAUCCGGGAGGAGACCUUCAACGAGCGGAAGGCCGAAUUUGUCCACGCCAGUUUGACCGAGUUCUUUUCCCCAACGGUUCUUUCCGCGCUUCGCCACACUGAAGAAAUUUACUAUUUAGUUGAGGUAGCAGUCUUUGCUUGGAACGUCAACGACCAAAUCAAAAAAAGGAAGUGUGGGAUUCUUGCAAAGCGCGAGCCUGUUUUUGAGUGGAUUAAAGAAACAAUUAUCAGUUGUGGUGUUUCAAAUAGUGCAAGUGUCUUAGAACGUAUUGGGUAUUGUGUUUCACUGGGGAGAUUAAACUAUUUAAAACGACAUAGCGAGGUGCGUACACUUCGAGAUAUCAUUCGCGUCGCAGACGCUCGUGGAAACGUUCACUGCGACUAUGAGAAAAUCACAAAACGGGUUACCUCCUGUUUUGAUGAGAUAAUGUGGUUCUAUAGAGAAAACGACUCGAUACAAGAGAGCAUUUUAGUCUCAAUUUUACUCGAGCAAUUCCCACUCUGUUUUUUGGACAAAAUCGACGAUAAAGUCCUCCACAGAGUUUCCCUCUUUUUGCUCUUCGUAUGGAUCAAAAUCAACCCGCCGUUUCAAAACGAAAUCGGCGAAAUUUUUUACCCAAUGGCAGAACAACUAACAAAUGACGAGAGAGAGUGUUCAAGGAUCACUGGAAUAGUCCUCGACUACGUCUUGAAUAAUAACUUACUCUUUCGGGCAGUCACAGAUAGGGACUUCGACUUGGGGCUCUUGUCAGAAGCCCUUGAAAAAAUAAGAACCCAAAGCGACAUCGAAGACGAACGGAAAUAA